GUCGUGGUAUUUGAACCCCCUUUUUUUUUUUUUUCCUGGGUUUGUUUUCGGUUCCAUGUUGAAGUUUUGCAGCGUCCGGAGAGCAGAGCCUGGCUGUGUCGGAGCCGCAGACUUCAGCGUUCAGCCCUGCUCUCUCCAGCAACACACACACACGCACCCGGGCUGCAGAAACCUCGCCUGAUUUGCCUCAGCGGCGGGUCAUUUCAGGUUAAACCCUGGCGCUGUGUGCCUGUGUGCAGCUGAACGGACGGAGACCGAGCCCGGAUCCAGCUGAGAGCUGGGAAUGCGCAGGCACCGGGACUGAGACCUGGAAAACCAGCUUCGUCUUGCAUGUGCGGCACCAAUACAGGCGUUUGUGUCUGGGAGCUCACAGCGCUGCCUGGAAUCAGCGCUCACCACUUCCCCUGGUUUGUCAGUAUCCAGAUGUCUGCGGAGGCUCUGAGGAUGACAUCUAGGCCUUAAACCCCACCAGUAUGUCAGGUGAGAAUUUCGAGCCAGCAGAAAAAUGCUCCCCCCGCUGGAAAGAUGAAGCUGCUCAGAAUGGCUACAUACCGAGUUACCUGGACAAGGAUGAGCUGUGUGUAGUGUGUGGGGACAAGGCCACAGGCUACCACUAUCGCUGCAUCACCUGUGAAGGUUGCAAGGGAUUCUUCAGGCGGACAAUCCAGAAGAAUCUUAACCCAACCUAUGCCUGUAAAUACGAGGGGAAGUGCGUUAUUGACAAAGUGACCAGAAAUCAGUGCCAAGAAUGUCGCUUCAAGAAGUGCAUUGCGGUGGGAAUGGCAACAGACUUGGUGUUGGACGACAACAAGAGGCUGGCCAAGCGGAAGUUGAUUGAGGAGAACCGGGAGCGGCGGCGGAAGGAGGAGCUGCAGAAGACGGUGUGGGACCGACUGGAGCCCACCCAGGAGGAGUGGGACCUGAUCCGCCUGGUGACCGAGGCCCACAUGGCCACCAACGCCCAGGGCAACCACUGGAAGCAGAAGCGAAAAUUCCUGGUCGAGGAAGCAAUGCUUCUUAAUGAAAUAACAUGUAAUUUAUUCUAUACUUCUGACCAGAGUGCAGCGGGGGUGAAGGAAACUAAGCCCGAGGAUCUGGGUCAAGCGUCCAUGACCAAUGCCCCUGAAGGAAACAAAGUGGAUAUAGAAGCCUUCAGUCAGUUUACAAAAAUUAUCACCCCUGCCAUAACAAGAGUGGUGGACUUUGCCAAAAAACUGCCUAUGUUUUGUGAGCUGCCUUGUGAAGACCAGAUCAUCCUGCUGAAAGGCUGCUGCAUGGAGAUCAUGUCGCUGCGAGCGGCUGUCCGCUACGAUCCGGAGAGCGAGACUCUCACGCUCAACGGCGAAAUGGCGGUUACGCGGGAGCAGCUUAAAAAUGGCGGCCUGGGCGUGGUUUCCGAUGCCAUCUUCGACCUUGGCGUGUCGCUGUCCUCCUUCGACUUGGACGACUCUGAGGUGGCUCUGCUGCAGGCCGUCAUCCUGCUGUCGUCUGAUCGUCCCGGCCUGAGUAGCGUGGAGCGAAUCGAGCAUUGCCAAGAGGACUUCCUGCUGGCGUUUGAACAUUACAUCAACUACCGCAAACACAAAGUGGCACAUUUCUGGCCCAAGCUGCUAAUGAAGGUGACGGACCUGCGGAUGAUCGGCGCCUGCCACGCCAGCCGCUUCCUCCACAUGAAAGUAGAGUGUCCUACAGAGCUAUUCCCUCCUCUCUUCCUGGAGGUCUUUGAAGACUGACCGAUGGAUUGAGUGUGUGUUGCGUGUGAGUGUGUGUCAAAGCCUGGAAGCCCCGGUGAUCUCAGGGGUGGAACCAGCAAAAGCCCGUCUCAUGAACUUUCUGAACAGCACUACUGAGUGUCACUUCAUUCCAUGGUGGAGGAGCUCUCCGCUCCCAGUGGAACCAUUCCUCGCGUUGUGGGUACAUGUGAACAGCAUCCCGUCUCGUUUGGUUAUUUUUGUGUAUAUAACCUCUCACCUCGUAUUUUGCAUUAGGUUUCUGGGAGGGUUUUGUUCUUGAUGAUUGUACAGUUCACACAACAGUGACCAUACCAACACGUGUUCAUUUGUUAGAAACCAUGAAAAUGUUCUACUUUCCUUCCUUUGUUUAAAAAAAAAACAACAAAUCUGUGGCUGCUCACCUGAACUACAGUGUUGCCAUCUUCGCCUCACUGGAUCUGUUAGCUGGUUGAUGUGAACCGUCCUCCGCCUGGCGGCUGACGUGAGCGGGACCCUCGCCAUCGCACUGUGACCAGGCUCGGCACCCACCCCCACUCUGGCAGACAGCAGCCCGGAGGUCCGGGGGGGGCUCUGCCUGGGCCUGAAACCUUUACGGUCCAGGCAGAACGCUGCGUUCGUCUGAAUUAUGCAGCAGUGUAGCGCGUCAUUUCAGAGCAGCGACGAAAAUGAGCCUAGCACCCCGUGCUCCAAGAACUCUGGACCUCCCAUCGGGUUCCAGCCUUAUCCUGCUUAGUAAAACUAAAACACACCACCUCCAAGCUAACAGCUAAAAUCGUAGCAUACUUCACUACCCUAAAGUUUUUUGUGGUAUUUUGCAAAACAGCCAAAUCAGAAGCUGCACGUGGAAAACUAGCAUAGUAGUUUAACUGUGAAUCAGUGUGUUGUGACGUUGCCGUUUCAUUCAUCUGUGAGGUGUUGGUUAAGCUCACACUGCUGAGGUGCUGCCUUACAUGUCCUACAAACCAUAUACUACUAGUUGGUCGUAAUUUUGUGAAAGGGUAGCACCUAGAAUGCAAAACAUCUGUACUAUGCCGAAAGUACCUGGAUGGUAUGUUAAUGCGAACUCCAGGAACAUUACUAGCAUGCAGUACAUGCUGUAUGUCCUGGCCUUCGUUCAGCAGAUAAGUCUGUAGCAAAUAGGAAGCUAAUCUGUUAGCUGAUGGAUGAAAUGAAAUUACCUUUCCUGAUUUUCUCUUAUACAUCGUUGGAAAUUGGAUGUGUGAAAAAACAAGAGAAAGGCUGGAGGUUCAUACUUGCCCAACAGCGGCAGGAACGCAGCCAGGCACGCUACAGCAACCCGUCUGAUCUCUGCCAGGCACUGAUCGGGCUAGCAAAUAUGGAAGAGUAUUCGGGCCAUGCAGGAGAAAAAAUAUUUGACAGGGGAAGAUUUUUUUUAUUUGUGCACUUCGAGAAAAAAGUUGAAAUGUCGAGAAAAAAGUCGAAAUG